AUGUCUCCAGCAAUCUCUGUGUCUUUUUGGGCUGUCCCUCUGCUUGUGGGGACAGUCAUAUUCGUCCUUGUCAAUAUCUUGAAAGUGGGCAAGAGAGCCCCAGGUCUGCCACCAGGACCUCCUACCAUCCCCAUACUGGGGAAUCUUCAUCAAAUGCCAACGAAGAACCCACAUCUCCAGUUCCAGAAAUGGGCCCAGGAAUACGGACCAAUUUACUCUUUGAUCCUCGGGACAAAGAUCAUGAUUGUCCUUUCUUCCGACCAGGCCGUCAAGGAUUUGCUGGACAAGAAGAGUGCCAUCUACUCUGAUCGUCCCGACAUGUUCAUUGCUCAAAGGAUUGCCAGUGGUGGAUUGCGACUGGUGGUAAUGAGAUAUGGCGACAACUGGCGCAUGAUCCACAAAAUGGUCCACAACAUUCUCAAUAUCAAGGCUGCCGUGACCUAUGUGCCAUACCAGGACCUUGAAAACAAGAUGUUCUUGGAUGGCUUGUUGGACAAACCUGAUGAAUUUCUUAAUCACAUCCGCAGGUUUAGCUAUUCAUUGUCCACACAGAUGAUUUUCGGGUUCCGCUGCCCGGAUAUCAAUGACCCGUACAUACAGCAGUUGUUUUGGAGUUUCGAUCACUGGGGUGAAUUGGCCGGAAGCAGCAGCGCCCAAUUGGUCGACCUCUAUCCUAUUCUUCAGAAGCUUCCCAAAGCUAUUGCACCGAAUGUCAGGUAUGCUGAACAUUUACACCAAAUCGAGAGAAAACUCUACGUGGGUCAUUGGUUACGGGCGAAACGGGGACUUGAGAAUGGCACUGGUUUGCCGUGUUUCUGUAACGAUGUCCUGCGAGUACAGCAGACAGAGAAGUUCACGGAUGACGCCGCAGGCUACAUGAGUGGUUCUCUCCUAGAAGCCGGAUCAGACACCACAUCCUCGACUCUGUACGGAUUCAUCCAGGCCAUGAUCGUGUGGCCUGAAGUUCAGAAAAAGGCACAGGCAGAGAUUGACCGUGUGGUCGGACAUGAUCGCCUCCCUACAAUCGACGAUUAUGAUGAGCUGCAUUAUAUCCGAUGCUGUAUCAAGGAGAGUUUGAGAUGGAUGCCGACUGUGAUUCUGGGAGUGCCUCAUGCAGCGAUGAAGGAUGAUACCUAUGGCGACUAUAUCAUUCCAAAGGGUUCGACAGUCAUCAAUAAUGUCUGGGCAAUUCACAUGGACCCCAACCGCUGCCCUGAGCCGCGUCGGUUCAACCCGGACCGCUUCAAAGACGACUUCACGACCUUGUACCAGUCCGCGAACGGCGAUCCAGCCAAGCGCGACAACUUCAACUUCGGCGCCGGUCGUCGUCUUUGUCAGGGCAUCCACAUCGCCGAGCGCUCCAUGUUCCUAGGCAUUUCCAGACUCCUUUGGGGAUUCAACCUAUCCAAACCGCUGGACAAGAACGGCGUUCCCAUCACACCUGACAUUGACGACCUCGUCGGCAACAUCACAGUGCAACCUCGAGACUUCAAGGCCGUCUUCGAACCCAGGUCUCCAGGAAAAGUCAAGAUCAUACGCGAAGCCUGGCGCGACUGUCAGGACCUGCUUGACCCGGAAACGAAGCAAUGGAAGAAGAUGCCUGAAGGAAUGGCUUUAAGCACGUGGAUGCCUGAGAAGAUUGAUGUGUGA